CUCAUAAAUGCCCAGCAAGCAUCUCUCACAACAUCCUUUCACUGAAACAUACCUCCCACAGUCACCCUCGUCGCACAUAUAUACGGAGUCUGGACAAUUUGCAUGUCUUUCUAAUCUAUUUCGACCUUCAACCUCUCCAGUGACCAUGUCGACCGCACAACUCUCUUCAGUCAUGAGCGCAUCGCUGAGAUUCGCCGCACAAGUCCCUCGAUCACAGCGAAGAUGCCCACAGUGUCUACGCAUGUUCUCUUCCUACAAACCCUUCAGAGCCUCUUCACGGCGCGAGAUGCAAACCGCAACUGCAUACCAACCAUCGACUCUAGAACCCCCACCACCGCCACCUCGAAACGAGCCCGCACCACCGUCUUCUAUAACACAACAGCAGAGCACGAGUCGAUGGAAGAGCCACACCGCACAGAAGAUGUCAGAUGACCAAAAGAAGACUGCACAAGAGACUCUUAAGGGCCCGGAGACGGCUAUCAGCUCUACCAUCUCACCGUCAACACAGCAAACGCUCGCCAAGCCAAGAAGAUUCAACUUUGCGAAACGGAAGGCGAUCAUGAAACUGUCGCCUACCGCUGUAGAUCAUCUGAGGCAACUGCUUGAACAACCAGAACCCAAGUUGAUCAGAAUAGGAACGAAGAACAAAGGCUGCUCAGGCCUGGCGUACCAUCUCGAAUAUGUAGACAAGCCGAGCAAACUCGACGAGCAAGUGGAGCAGGACGGCGUGAAGGUGCUUGUAGAUAAUAGAGCAUUGCUGAAUAUCAUUGGGAGCGAGAUGGAUUGGCUGGAAGACAAGCUGAGUGCUCGUUUCGUGUUCAAGAAUCCGAACAUAACCGAGCAAUGCGGAUGCGGGGAAUCUUUCAGCGUCAAAUGAAACAGUACACAGGCGCUCACAGUAGAAAUCAUAUCAUCGCAUGGUUGGGUAGCAUUCGAGUGGAGUUUUAGCGGCCCGCCCCUCUCCCAGGAGGCUAAUAUAAACCUCGUUAUUCAUUCACAUCUGUUCAGAAUACACCGGCCUCAAAGUCGACGACUUUGACCCCAGUAACAAGAGGAAUGACCAUAUCCUUGAACUUUGUGUGAGAUGGAUCCUUGUGGACGUAGUAAUCGCGGUCCUCCACAGAGGCGAAUUCUACUACGAAGCCGUGCUCGUGACCGUCCUACAUGCCCUCUGGACUGUUGUUGAGUCCUCCCUGGGAGGACACUAUAUAAGGCUUCCCGGACGUGGGAUGGAGGCAAUUGUCCUUGAGGGCUAGCAUCUGCACGCAAG